GCAGAAGAUGGCAGGAGAGCCAGAGCUCCGUCAGCCAAAGAACUAUGAGGAGGAGGAGGUCACAUCCAGAAACCAGGGAUUUGCUGAGAAUGACCCCGAGGGUCUCAUUUGCACCCCCAAGAGUUUGCAAGGACAUCUGACCCGAGUCCCCUGGCUUCUGCUGCUUCUCAUCUCUUUGGGCCUCUUUCUGCUUAUGUUGGCCACCCUGAUUCAAGUUUCCAGGAUUCCUGCAUACUCCAAGGGACAGACCCAGGAUCAGCAGGGUAGCUCCAGCUUAGGGAGAGGUGCUGUUCCUCAGGAGCAGACACACUCCGGCUUGGAGCAGAUCCAGCAGAUCCAGCAGCAGCUGACUCAGCUCAAUGCCUCACUGGCUGGCCUGUGCCGGCCCUGUCCCUGGGACUGGGAGCUCUUCCAGGGAAGCUGUUACCUCUUCUCCAGAACCCUGGGCAGCUGGGAAACCUCUGCCUCCUCCUGCAAGAAUCUUGGGGCCCACUUGGUGAUUAUCAACAGUGUUGCAGAGCAGCUAUUCCUCAAAUACUGGCACAUCAGAAAGAGUCAGCUCACCUGGGUCGGCCUCAGCGAUCACAGAAGUGAAGGUUCCUGGCAGUGGGUGGAUGAUACCCCACUCAAACUCAGCUUCUGGAAAGAGGGGGAGCCCAAUAAUGUAGGGGACGAGGACUGCGUGGUAAUGGCAGAAGAUAAGUGGAAUGACAGCAUUUGUACUGCAAACAACUUCUGGGUCUGUGAGAAGCCCUCGGCUCCCUGCCCUGGUCACUGAGGGUCACGCAGACAACAUGGAGACACUCUGUUCCAGUCCCAGCCACCUUGUCAUCCCAAUGUCUCUGUUCUGAGACCUUUGAGAUCCUGAGAGAGUUCCUGAGGCACCCUUCCCUGCAGCUCUUCCCUCUUCCUCUGUGGGUGACUUCAGUUACACAAAUCCCAACCCCAUGAAUCCCUUCAGUAGAGUCACACACACUUGGGGCUGGAGUGUAGCUCAGUGAUACACCCCAGCUGGCCUAGCAUGGGUGACUCU